CUACCUAGAUCUAUUCCUUUUAGUGUAGUAUUGGUGUCCACCGGAAAGAGUUGUAUUUACUAACUCUCUUGAAGACUAAAAAAGGGGAAAGGUUUACAAUGAAGGCGUUACUGGUGAUUUGCGCUUUGCUGAUAUGUGUUCAUGGAAAAUCAGUGAAACAAAGUAAACAUAAAGGAGAAAGCAGAGAGAAGGACGCCCGAUAUCCCGGACCGCAGGGAUUCGGGCAACGACCAGGAUAUGGACAACAACAACGAUAUGGACAAAGACCCGCCUUCGGGCAACAACAACGAUAUGGACAAAGACCAGCCUUCGGGCAACAACAACGAUACGGUCAGAGAUUCGGACAACAGCCCGGACAGAGACCAGCCCACGGAGCAGCACCACAGGCACCUCCUUCAGCACUUAGACAAACAACAUAUGGAGCUCCUCAAUUUGGUGCCCAAUACGGACCCCCACCACCACAACAAUAUGGAUCUCUUUUCGGCGCUCCUAUCAGCUAUGGUGGGCCACCAAUGCCAUUUGCACCAUCUUCUCCAUGUGCACCAUCAUGUGCAAGCAUUCCACCAGCAUCACCUUGCCCACCCACUUGUCAACCAAGCUGCUGUGGUGUGAACCCUGGAGCUCUUAGUCAAUCCGGUGUUCCAGGACCUCAAUUUCUUGAAAUACCACCAGCUGUUACAGUCCCUACUCCUCCCCCAACCAAACCAACAAAGAAGCCCAAGAAGGGUAAAUCCAAAGGCUGUGCUCCAAGCUGCGCCCCAAUGUGCUGUAGCUCAUCUUUCAUGGCUCCACCAAUUCAAAUGCCUCCAAUGCCAAUGCCUCCACCGAUGCCCAUGGCUCCACCAAUGCCAAUGGCACCACCGUGUCCUCCAUCUUGUCAACCAGCUGCUCCAGCAGCUCCUUGUGCUCCAUCAUGCCCUGCCACUUGUUGCAGGCGCGGUUAAACACGUUCGCUUACAAUAAUUAUAUAUUCAACAAUGCUGUUUGGAUUUUUGAACUUUACAAUUUUGUCUUUGAUUGGCUUUUGUUGGAAAAGGAAAUUCUGAUUUGAUUAUCGACCACAAAAAAUUACGAAAGUAUGGAAACAAGAAGUCUUUGUUAACUAACAAAAAGAAGGAACAAGGAUUAUUAAAACCCCAUCGAAGACAUUGACAGGUGGACCUUUAUUGCAUGGCUCAGAUGUGGACAUCUCUAAUGAUUUUUGUUUCAUUAUAUGUCAUCGGGUUUGGACUAACUACAUGGUUUUACUCUGUUUUUAAAGCUUAACGGAAGCAAAUAAACGUUUGGGCAAUUGAUUCUUCUUUUUUUUAGACUUUUAAAUUGCUUAUUGUCCAAUUCUUGAAGACUACCCAUGGAAAGGGCUAAACUCCAUGUAGCGCUUGCAACAUUCCUUGGAGCAACAAUCCGACUCAAGACUAAAUCAAGCUUACAAAGACUGCCUGCAAUCCAAACUCUGGUUAAACUUUUCGCUCAAGGAGAUUUCCUUAAUUUAGCAUUAACCUUCUUUUUAGUUACAAAUAGAUUUAGGUUUUACUUGAAUUUUCUACUUUUUUUAAAGCAAUACAGUAUUUCUACGAGAAUUUACUAAUAUUAAUAGUAAACCAUGUAAGGCAACAUGUAACUCUCUUUUUUUACGAGAUAUUGAACAACUCUUGUGAUCAUAUGAUUGCUCAAGAGGCUGAACUCACUUAUUAAUGGCUUCCGUAAAUUAUUCAAUCAAACAACCUUCUAAUUUACUAAUAUACUUAUAAAUUGCUAAUUACAAUCAUACUAAUAUAAUAAUAUAUCCAGAAUCUGGAUUCAAAAUAAGAUGGUGUGAAGUUAUUAAUGUUAUCGCCGCUAUGUUGGCUGACAUUAACAAAAAGGUUUAAAGCUGUGAUAAUAACGACACGGGCAACAUAUCGUAUAACUUAUGCUUGUCACAAGUUGCAGAGCAGUACGCUCUACACCAAAUAGAAGGCUGCUGCAACAUAAAUUCAACUAAUAUACUAAUAUACUAAUAUACUAAUAUACUAAUAUACUAAUAUACUAAUAUACUAAUAGUAAACAGCCAUUUGCGAAAAUGAUGGCCGCUUCGAGCAUGUAAUCAGUACAUUACCAUAUCGAUAUAUCUGGUGUAUUGUGGGUAGACGGAUUUAUCCAUUAUUCCAAAAACAAAAUGUUCUUAAAAUACUCCUCCAAACUGUACUUUGGAAGUUGGCAAUUUAAGCAUCAUUUUGUCAAAGUAUAGAAGUAAUUCCAAUAGUGCACCCGGCAUAUUUAUAUAAUGAUAUACUUUUUCUUGGUGGUUACGAUUUUUGCGAACGAUUGUAACUGGUAUUAUCACAUUGUACUUUUAGAUUAAUGUGGACAAAGAAAUUAUUUUCCUAAACAUUUUCUUUUAUCCUUUCGUUGUGAAUUUUGAUUUAUCUUUUUAAAUAU